CACCAGACAACUCAACACCUCCGCAAUUUCACAACCGGUGCCGACCCUUUCUUCUGUUGCUCUCUCCGCAUCGCGCUGUGCGCUUCCUGGUUUGCUUCAACUCCGAAGUCACCGACAUCUCUAAUUUCGACAUAUAAACACCGUUAAGAUGAGAGGCGAGAUUCUUCACGUCCACCUGGGGCAGGCUGGUGCCCAGUUGGGCAACAGUGCUUGGGAGUUGUACCUCCUCGAGCACGGCCUUGGGCCUGACGGCCGCCCGGAUCCUAACGCCACCGACAUCGCCGAGGGUGGCUCCUACGAUACCUUCUUCACCGAGACGAGCGGUGGCAAAUACGUCCCCAGGUCUAUCUUCGUUGAUCUCGACCCCUCCCCGAUUGAUGAAAUCCGUACCGGCACCUACCGCCAGCUCUUUCACCCCGAGCUGCUGAUCAACGGAAAGGAGGAUGCUGCCAACAACUAUGCCCGUGGUCAUUACACCAUUGGCAAGGAGAUGAUCGACAAUGUCGUCGACCGCAUCCGCCGUGUUGUUGACAACUGCAACUCUCUUCAGGGCUUCCUCGUGUUCCACUCGUUUGGUGGUGGUACAGGCUCUGGGUUUGGCGCUCUCCUCCUCGAGCGCCUGUCGACCGACUACGGCAAGAAGUGCAAGCUGGAGUUCACCGUUUACCCGGCUCCGCGCCUCUCCUCCGCCGUUGUUGAGCCCUACAAUGCUGUCCUUUCCACCCACAGUACCAUCGAGAACUCGGACUGCACCUUCCUGGUUGACAACGAGGCUGUGUUCGAUAUCUGCCGCAAGCACCUGGACAUUCCCCGGCCGAGCUACGAGCACCUCAACCGUCUGAUCGCCCAGGUCGUCUCCUCCAUCACCUCUUCACUGCGGUUCGAUGGCGCCCUGAACGUCGACCUGAACGAGUUCCAGACCAACCUGGUGCCUUACCCUCGUAUCCACUACCCCCUGAUCAGCUACGCCCCCGUCGUUUCGGCUGCCAAGAGCGCCCACGAGAGCUUCAAGGUGUCCGACUUGACUUUCCAGUGCUUUGAGCCCAACAACCAGAUGGUUGUUUGCGACCCCCGCAACGGCAAGUACAUGGCCGUCGCCCUGUUGUACCGUGGCGACGUGGUCCACCGCGACUGCGGCGCUGCCGUUGCCCAGCUCAAGGCCAAGUCCUCGUUCAACCUGGUCGAGUGGUGCCCGACGGGCUUCAAGAUCGGCAUCAACUACCAGAAGCCCGUCGCCGUCCCGACCGCCUCCCCGACCGACGGCGGCCUCGCCUCGGUCGACCGCUCCGUCUCCAUGCUGUCCAACACCACCGCCAUCGCCGAGGCCUGGUCGCGCCUCGACCACAAGUUCGACCUCAUGUACAGCAAGCGCGCCUUCGUCCACUGGUACGUCGGCGAGGGCAUGGAGGAGGGCGAGUUCAGCGAGGCCCGCGAGGACUUGGCCGCCCUCGAGAAGGACUACGAGGAGGUCGCUGCCGACUCGGCCGAUUUUGCGGAGGAGGAGGCCGAGUACUAAGCGGCUGGUCCCGUGGUGGUGGCGGCGGCGUAAUUACGGUUCGGCGCGCAGACGAGCGAGCUCCUGUGGAUGGGGGGGGUUCGCUCUGUUAGGUUUCUAGGGGGGUGGGGAAUGGCGGGAGUGAAUGAUGGCUGAUGAUGAUGGACUUUUUUUUUGCGUCGCAUGCGUCUAUGAAGAAAGAUGUCUAUGAAGAUAAUAUCCCCCAGCAAGCCGUGUUCUUACUGCUUCUGGCACUUGUCCAUUUUAAGAUAUAGCAGAAUGUGGAUAGGGGUCUUGGUGGUUGGGCGACUGCCGCUUCCUCGAUGAUUGACAUGUUCCCGGC